UCCUGAUCCACACCCCAUGGACCCACUCUAAACCCUUUCCUUGCUUUUUUCUUCCCAGAAUGGAUGAUAUGGCUGUGGACAGCGAUGAAGAGGUGGACUACAGCAAAAUGGAUCAGGGUAACAAGAAGGGGCCUCUGGGCCGCUGGGACUUCGACACACAGGAGGAGUACAGCGAGUAUAUGAACAACAAGGAGGCUCUGCCCAAGGCUGCCUUCCAGUAUGGGAUCAAGAUGUCUGAGGGACGCAAAACUCGUCGCUUCAAGGAGACGAAUGACAAGGCAGAGCUGGACAGGCAGUGGAAGAAGAUCAGUGCAAUCAUUGAGAAGAGGAAGAAGUUGGAGGCUGAUGGGGUUGAGGUGAAACGUCCCAAGUACUGA